AUGCGCCGCUACGCCGAUCUUAUACCGAAGAUUACAGAAGAGAAGAAGAUGGCGCCUGUGAACUCGGCUGGAUGGAAUCUGCAUGGUGGGCGACCUACUCACAGCAGCAUGGCAGGUUCCUGGAUUAUUUUGGCUGUGAUUUUUUGUUGUCAGUCCAAGUUGGCACAAAGCAAACCAGUUCUCAGUGGGUUAUCAAAUUCUGUUGAUCUGUCAAAGUGCUUCAAUAGUUCCAAAAGCUUAGUAAAUGUGGUUUCUGAAACUCUUUUGGAAAUAAAGAGCAACUCUGAGGACUUCAACUGUUCCUAUGAUGAAAUUAUUAUGGGGAAUGUCAUAUCCAAGGACAAAAUGAAUGUACUUACCUCCUGUAUUCCCAGCUCAUUUGGCAAGGACCAUAUGUGCCAGACAUUGAAUAGAGCAGACUUUGACAAGGCUAAGUGCCUUAAGGCAAUCCAUGCAGAUCUGAAAAUCUUUAAAGAUGAAUUGCAGGAAUUGACUCCUUCUCUUAACGCAGCAAUCAAUCAGCUGAUGCAGGAUUUAAAGGUCGAAGAUACUGAAGAAUAUAAUGUCAAAAAAGGAUCGUGUUCCUCAUUCAACUGCAAACUUGAGCAGUGCAGGGUGAUCCUGUUUUAUCAUCUCCGCACCAUCACGUUCUCUCGCGUGUUGAACUACCUGAGGUCUACCAAAGACAAAGAGCCAAGAACGAAAGACCUCAAAAAACAAUAGAAGAAACCACAGCUACAAACACUGCCAGCCCAGUAAUACUGAUACCAAAUACAUUUCUAAUUGUAAUCAUUUCAUUAUUGUAUGACAUAGGAUAUAGGACUUUCUAUAGAACAUAUAAAACAAUCCAGAAGGUAACAUACACCAAUAUUCAACCUGAAAUUUUGAUUUUGAUUUAAAAAUGUAUACUUUUAUUUUACAUGAAACAAACGAUGGUUUUAUAGGUAGUUUAUCUGGGGUGUAAGCUCUUAUUAUUGUACAAUUAAUGGGGUUGUUCACCUUUAAAUAAAUUAUUAGUAUAAUGUAG